AUGAGGCUGAAGAGGGAGGUCAUGGCUCUGUCCUGCUGCUGCUCAGAGAAGUUCUGCAGAAACAUCAGAAUAACCUCAGUCUGCCUCAGUCUGAACCUGCCUCAGUCUGCCUCAGUCUGCCUCAGUCUGAACCUGCCUCAGUCUGAACCUGCCUCAGUCUGCCUCAGUCUGAACCUGCCUCAGUCUGAACCUGCCUCAGUCUGCCUCAGUCUGAACCUGCCUCGUCGUCUGAACCUGCCUCAGUCUGAACCUGCCUCAUCUGACUGCCUCAGUCUGAACCUGCCUCAGUCUGAACCUGCCUCAGUCUGCCUCAGUCUGAACCUGCCUCAGUCUGAACCUGCCUCAGUCUGCCUCAGUCUGAACCUGCCUCAGUCUGAACCUGCCUCAGUCUGCCUCAGUCUGAACCUGCCUCAGUCUGAACCUGCCUCAGUCUGCCUCAGUCUGAACCUGCCUCAGUCUGAACCUGCCUCAGUCUGCCUCAGUCUGAACCUGCCUCAUCUGAACCUGCCUCAGUCUGAACCUGCCUCAGUCUGCCUCAGUCUGAACCUGCCUCAGUCUGAACCUGCCUCAGUCUGCCUCAGUCUGAACCUGCCUCAUCUGAACCUGCCUCAGUCUGAACCUGCCUCAGUCUGCCUCAGUCUGAACCUGCCUCAGUCUGAACCUGCCUCAGUCUGCCUCAGUCUGAACCUGCCUCAGUCUGAACCUGCCUCAGUCUGA